AUGCACGCUCCCACGCGGCCCGCGUGCGACGGAUUCUUUGGUUCCACAGUUCGGCUGGUGCCUGCCGCCUGGAGCCUGGUGGUGGUGUGGGCUACUUUUGCUCCAUCACCUACGAGCUACCACAUUUGUUUCGAUGGCAUUUGGCAAUUGGCAUGCGUCAAAAUUCAGAAUUUCCUGGCUCAUACGGACACCAGCAGGAGUAGUUGGCACUUUGGCAGGAAGCUUGAGCGCGUGCAUGACACACAGAAACUGAGGAACACAGCAACAACACGAGCAAAUUCAGCCUGUUUUCCAAUGGGGGAUCGUGUCGGUGUCAAGUACAACAGCGUCAAUGAGGGUGAAGAGCGUAAGGGAGGGCAUGGCAUCCCCAAGGUUUCCAUGCUCAUAUGGAGCAUUCCAGAAGCUCUAAUCACUGCUGAGAUGGGCACAAUGUUCCCAGAGAAUGGUGGUUAUGUUGUCUGGGUUUCUUCAGCUCUUGGUCCGUUCUGGGGUUUUCAGCAAGGAUGGGCAAAGUGGCUCAGCGGUGUCAUAGAUAAUGCCCUCUAUCCAGUUCUUUUUCUGGACUAUGUCAAGUCCAGUGUUCCGGCUCUUGGAGGUGGGCUCCCAAGGACCUUAGCAGUGCUUAUCCUCACAGCUGCGCUUACAUAUAUGAACUACAGAGGGCUGACUAUAGUUGGCUGGGUGGCAGUCUUUCUUGGUGUGUUCUCUCUCCUCCCAUUCUUUGUGAUGGGAUUGAUUGCUAUUCAAGGAUUGAACCUUCAAGCCUUCGGUGUGAUCCUACUGUCCUGGAUGAGCUUCCAGGAAAUCAUCGCCGCCGAGAACUACCUCUACUGCUUUGGCAUGAUCCUGGAGUUCAUUGCCUUCAUCAUCAAGCUUCGGAUACCUCUGGGCACCAUUGGUGCUGUCCUGAUGAUCAUCCCACCAGCUAUUUUGAUCAUUGUGGUGAUGGCCAUCGCAUCCUACAAGGUGAUGGCGGUGAGCAUCCUAGCGAUGGUCAUUGGGUUCGUGCUGCAGCCAUGCCUAGGGUACGUGGAGAAGAAGCGAUGGCUAAGGUUCUCUAUCAGUGCAGACCUGCCCGAUUUGCCUGAUGCACAGGAAACUGCUGAAGAUGAUGCUGUUCCGCUCGUGUUCUAA